AUGAUUUCCCACAUCAAAUCAAACCCGUCUUCCCUCAGCCCAGCAGCCAUUCUCCAGCAAAAAUCAUCCGGAAAGGCGCUUUUUAACCUGAGCUGCAGCCAUCUCAAUCUUGCUGAAAAGGAAUAUUUUGGAUUAGAAUUCUGCAGCCAUUCUGGAAAUAACGUUUGGUUGGAACUUCUGAAGCCCAUAACAAAGCAAGUAAAAAUGGACCCUGGACAUCUUCGGGAAGAACUCACAAGGUAUCUUUUUACUCUUCAAAUAAAGAAGGAUUUGGCUCUGGGAAGGCUUCCGUGCAGUGACAACUGUACAGCUUUAAUGGUGUCGCACAUCUUACAAUCAGAGUUAGGAGACUUCCAUGAAGAAACGGUUAGGAAGCAUCUGGAACAAACCCAGUACUUACCAAGCCAAGCCUGUUUAGAGAGCAAGAUCAUCCACUUUCAUCAGCAGCACAUUGGCCGAAGCCCAGCUGAAUCAGACAUUCUGCUACUGGACAUAGCAAGGAAGCUGGAUAUGUAUGGCAUCAGGCCUCAGCCCGCCAGUGAUGGUGAAGGGAUGCAGAUUCACCUGGCGGUUGCCCACAUGGGAGUACUGGUGCUAAGGGGAAAUACAAAGAUUAAUACUUUCAACUGGGCUAAGAUUCGCAAACUUAGCUUUAAGAGAAAACAUUUUCUCAUCAAACUUCAUGCUAAUAUUUUGGUAUUGUGCAAGGACACUUUGGAGUUCACUAUGGCCAGCCGAGAUGCCUGUAAGGCUUUCUGGAAGAUUUGUGUGGAGUACCAUGCUUUCUUCAGGCUUUCUGAAGAGCCCAAAUCAAAACCCAGAACACUACUCUGCAGCAAGGGUUCCAGUUUCCGCUACAGUGGAAGAACUCAAAGGCAACUUUUGGAAUAUGGGAAAAAGGGGAGGUUAAAGAGCCUGCCAUUUGAAAGGAAACAGUAUCCAUCUCAGUAUCAUGAACGGCAGUGCAGGUCAUCACCAGACAUUCUCUCUGAUGUGUCAAAACAAGUGGAAGAUCUGAGACUUUCGUACGGCAGUGGAUACUACCGAAAUGCGAAUGGAGUCCAUGUAUCUGAGCCUGUUUUAGACAGUAGGAGAAGGAACUCUGCAGUUGAGGUGACGUUUGCAGCAGAGCUGGAGCGUUCCAAACCAGAGGCAAAUCCCACAUCGCUCCACCCAUCCCAAAGCAGUUCCUCUUUCACCUUUAUUGCAGAUCCUGUCUUUAAUACCGACCCUGAUCCCUUAGAUUUCUUUGAGGAGCGGAGUCCUCUAAGCUCUUUCCAAGCAAACUCUAAGUUGGUGGACAAUCAUGUAAGCACAUCUCCUGGUUUUACAAGCAAAAUGAGUCCAGCAAGGCAGCUAAUAUACACUGAUAUGCCCUACAUUCCUUGUACUAGUCAACAGGUUGAUAUUAUGCCUCCCCAAGUCUUUUUUUAUGUAGACAAGCCACCCCAGGUACCCAGGUGGUCUCCAGUCAUGGCAGAGGAAAGUAUGAGAUCAGACAGCUAUGUAGAUCCCAGCGCAAUAAAGCCAGCCAAAAGGAGCCCAAGGAAUAUGAGGAUAAAAAGCUUACAGCAAGACCUUCAAGAACUUCAAGAAGCUAUGGCUAGAACUAGUGGUAGGAGCAGUAUCAGUGGAGACCUAGAAGAGGAAGACCCACAUUUAGAAGAUGCAUUUGCUUAUAACCCCCAAGAGCUAACUCCUAAACGAUCUCAGAGCCAUUCAGACAUGAAAACUAUCCGUUUUCCUUUUGGGUCAGAAUUUAGACCUUUAGGGCCUUGUCCUGCUCUGACUCGUAAAACAGAUCUGUUUACAUGUACAUUUGCAGAGCAGGAGUUCUCAACAGUUUUAAUGGAUCAGAAUUCAGCAGAAAGGUAUGUAGCUGGUGAGUCCAGUGAUUCAGAAUCAGAGAUUCUUAAACCAGACUACUACUCUUUGUAUGGCAAAGGGACAAAGUCACCUAGAGCCCGCAUCCGCUUGUCUUCUGGUAGUCUGCAGCUCGAUGAAGAGGAGGAAGACAUAUCCUUCACCACAGCAGGUGCUGAUGAUAGGACUUUGCUAAAGCCAUGCAAUUACUUCUUAGCUUAA